CCUGUCUCGUUUUGCCAGUCAAGCUGUGCUGAUAUUUUAGUUGUAAUCAAACUUCAAAUUCAUGAAAUUGAACCAUCAAGCUCGUAGUGCAUGAUUAUGUUCCGCUCUUUGAACAGGCUUGGAACACAUCUAAGUGUUUCUCUUCAUGGUAGUUCAAGUACUGCUGUCCCGAUCUCCAUUGCCCGAAGGAUGUGCAGUGCAAAGGCUUACAAGUUUGAGACAUUGGCUGUGACAAGGCCCAGGGAGAAUGUACUACAAGUCGAGAUGAACAGACCAGACAAGAGGAAUGCUAUGAACCAGACUUUUUGGAGGGAGAUGGUUGAGUGCUUUGAUCAGAUCUCCAAGGAUGGAGAUUGUCGAGCUGUAGUUUUGUCUGGAGCUGGAAAAAUAUUCACUGCAGGUCUAGAUUUGAUGGACAUGGCUGGCGUCCUAAUGUCCUCAGCAGACAGUGAUGACCCUGCUAGGAAAGCCAUCCAUAUACGUCAAACUAUCCUAGCCUAUCAGGAAUCAUUCACAGCUAUUGAGAAAUGUGAGAAGCCAGUGAUAGCUGCUGUCCAUUCUGCGUGUGUUGGGGGUGGAGUAGACAUGAUCUGUGCCUGUGAUAUUAGACUCUGCACUUCAGAUGCUUGGUUUCAAGUCAAGGAAGUAGAGCUUGGACUUGCUGCUGAUGUGGGGACUCUCCAAAGAAUGCCAAAAAUAGUUGGCAAUGAAAGUCUUGUUCGAGAACUAUGCUACACUGCCAGACGUUUGUUAGCUCAUGAAGCAAAAGAAGCUGGACUUGUCAGUGGAAUUUACCCAAAUCGUGAAAGAGUGAUUUCAGCAGCACUGGACAUGGCUGCAAAAAUAGCAAAGAUGAGUCCUGUUGCUGUGACUGGAACAAAACACAACCUGAACUACUCAAGAGACCACCCUGUGGAUGCAUCCCUCAAAUACAUUGCAACCUGGAACAUGACAAUGCUUCAAACAGAAGACAUAAUGAAAGCUGCCCAAGCCAUGAUGGCCAAAGAGGAGGCUACCUUCUCCAAGCUCUGAACCAACUACUAGUUAAUAAUCAUUCUAUACUACUUGCUUCAGCAGCCAUGUCAUGCCUUCCAAAAGGCCAUCCAAGUUUUCAACACACAUCAUGUUAACCUAGAGUGGAAUGACGAAUUAGAUUUGACUUAAAGCUA